UUUGAUUGAAGUAGCCCAGCUGCUCUCCUUACUGCAGCAGCCGGGGAGGCUCCCUAAGUGAGCUACUUCUCAGGCUAGGCACGAGCGAAUUUGAAAAAGCAGGAACAGCCCCUGCAUGUAGAGCGUCAGCCUGGGAACUCCCUAGACAGCUGUGUAGCUAGAGACCCUCGGUAUUGUGGUCACAUCCCUAAGAAGUGGACAUCAGCAGCAGUGGCAUUUGGAGGAAGCCGGGAUGCUACAGAUGCUGUGGCAUUUUCUGUCUAGCUUUUUCCCUAGAGCUGGGUGCCAAGACUCCAGAGAGGGCAUCGAUCAUGGAGUCAGAGGCACUCAGGCUCCUGCUCAGGGAGACCAGAUGUCCACCUUUUUGGGGAAACAAAACGGAAGGGCUGAGGCCACGGAAAAGAGACCCACCAUCUUGCUGGUGGUCGGACCUGCUGAACAGUUUCCUAAGAAAAUUGUGCAAGCAGGUGACAAGGACCUUGAUGGGCAACUGGACUUUGAAGAGUUUGUACAUUACCUCCAAGAUCAUGAGAAAAAGCUGAGGCUGGUGUUCAAGAGUCUGGACAAAAAGAACGAUGGACGAAUCGAUGCUCAAGAGAUCAUGCAGUCCUUGCGGGACCUGGGUGUCAAGAUCUCUGAACAGCAGGCAGAGAAGAUUCUUAAGAGCAUGGAUAAGAAUGGCACAAUGACCAUUGACUGGAAUGAAUGGAGGGACUACCACCUCCUGCACCCUGUGGAGAACAUCCCUGAGAUCAUCCUGUACUGGAAGCAUUCGACGAUCUUCGAUGUUGGUGAGAAUCUGACAGUUCCAGAUGAGUUCACAGUGGAGGAGAGGCAGACGGGAAUGUGGUGGAGGCACCUGGUUGCAGGAGGUGGGGCAGGGGCAGUUUCCAGAACCUGCACUGCCCCCCUGGACAGACUGAAGGUGCUCAUGCAGGUCCAUGCCUCUCGCAGCAACAAUAUGUGCAUCAUUGGUGGAUUCACACAGAUGAUUCGAGAAGGGGGUGCCAAGUCGCUCUGGCGGGGCAAUGGCAUCAAUGUCCUCAAAAUUGCCCCAGAGUCGGCCAUCAAGUUCAUGGCGUAUGAGCAGAUGAAACGCCUUGUUGGUAGUGAUCAGGAGACAUUGAGAAUUCAUGAAAGGCUUGUGGCAGGCUCCUUGGCUGGAGCCAUUGCCCAGAGCAGUAUCUAUCCGAUGGAGGUAAGGCCACCUAGAUCCUGGAGUGGGCAGUGUACAUGGGACACGGAGAGGAACACGCUGUGUUCAUGCUUCCUGUCACUCUCGUUGAAGGUUCUGAAGACCCGAAUGGCCCUUCGGAAGACAGGCCAGUACUCGGGCAUGCUGGACUGUGCCAGGAGGAUCCUGGCUAAGGAGGGUGUAGCUGCCUUCUACAAAGGCUACAUCCCCAACAUGCUGGGGAUCAUCCCCUAUGCUGGCAUCGACCUAGCUGUCUAUGAGACACUGAAAAAUACCUGGCUACAGCGUUAUGCAGUGAACAGUGCAGACCCUGGUGUGUUCGUUCUCCUGGCCUGUGGCACUAUCUCCAGUACCUGUGGCCAGCUGGCCAGCUACCCAUUGGCCCUAGUCAGGACUAGGAUGCAGGCACAAGCCUCCAUUGAGGGUGCGCCUGAGGUAACCAUGAGCAGCCUCUUCAAACAGAUUCUGCGGACUGAGGGGGCCUUUGGGCUAUAUCGGGGGCUGGCCCCCAACUUCAUGAAGGUGAUUCCAGCUGUGAGCAUCAGCUACGUGGUAUACGAGAACCUGAAGAUCACCCUGGGUGUGCAGUCUCGGUGACGGGAAGGUGGUGGACUUCGUGAUUCUGGGCUACAGCCCAGGGUGUGCAGCCAUCUCAUUCUGUGAAUGUGCCAACACUAAGCUGGCUUACCCAAGCUGUGAAACCCAGGAUGCCACAGGGGAGGGGCAGGGAGCUGGCAAGCUCUGGGAUGGUCCUGCUGAUCUGGCAGACCUUGUGUCCCUUCCAAGGAAGACUUGUGGACAUUCCUUGGGGUUCAGGGAUCAGUAGGAUUUGGGCUUCUGUACCUAGAGACAGGACAUUUUCUGCAGUGCCUGCCAGAUAGUGAGCUUGGAGGCCAGCUUAGUUCUUCCAUCUUGUCCACGCAGCCAGAUCUCAGCCAUGUCCUCCCUCUGGUCCAAAGAGCAUUCCUGUGUCCCCUCAUAUCUUUUCCACUGAUGUGCUAUGGUAGGAAGUGGGCCUGGCUCACUCCUGCUUGUCCGUCUGUCCCUCUCCCCUCAGUGCUGCUCCUCCCAACCUGUUUCCUAAGCUGCAGCAUCCAUGUGGACUUGUGGUACAGGAAACUGAAGGAGUACCACGUACAUCCUUGCCUCUUCUGAGCUCACCAGCAGGACCAUCUGGAUAUACCUGGGUACUCAGGCACUGGCUGCCUGGCACCAUGGUGCAUGGCUUUGCUGAAAGCUAGUGCUAGGACCUAGAGCCCAGAGGAUUUGUGCUGCCUGCAUGGGCCUAAUGUCCUCUGAGCUGCCCUAAACCCUGUCAGAACUGGUACCAGCUCAUGACCACACUUACUGUUCCAUUCUGUGGUGUGAGGAUGGUGCAGGUUAUCUGCCCCACGAAUGCUGCCCUAAUGAGAAGAAAAAGAUGCUGAAGGCCUUAAUUAUGUCUUACUAGGUAAAGGAUUUGGUUCGGAAGGAUAAGCUGGACACUGCGCAAGUGCCACACUUACUGAGAGCCGGGGGGGCAGGUGGUUCGGCUGCUCUCAAGUCUGUUCUGAGGGCCCUGUGGGGCCAAGUGGGACCAGCCUCAUAGUCCACAUGUGUAUCACUCUGCUUGGAGCCUAUUUAUUUUAUAUUUAUUUGAACAGAGUUAUGUCCUAACUAUUUUUAUAGAUUUGUUUAAUUAAUAGCCUGUCAUUUUCAAGUUCAUUUUUUAUCCAUAUUUAUGUUCAUGGUUGAUUGUACAUUCCUGUCACUACCUGGUGGGGUGUGGGGGGAUGAGGUAGAGGAGUGGCCACAGAGUGACCUUACCUGCUGCCCACACUGAUGGCAUGUCUGUCCAAAGAGAUUUGUCUCCCACUGGAAACAGAAGGAAAGGCACAAGGGAGGACCCUUGCAGGCCAGAUAGGAUAGUGGGGAGAGGUGACAGUUUCACAUCCUUUACUGGGCUUGGAGGAUUUCUUUAUUUUUGUCAUUUUAGAAUGACAAGGCAGUGAGGUGCUUUGCCAGGACUAGGUAUGAGGGUGAGGACUGAAGGACAGGGUGGCCUGCCCUCCCCAACCUGUGACCUGGUCUCCCUCCUGGCCCACAGCUGCCCUUACUCAGUGAGUGGUCAGCUGGCCACCUGGCGGCUGUGCCUCCAUUGCCCCAGAAUGGCCUGAUAAGGAAAGUCCAAAUAGGAUGCAAAGAUCAAUGCAAAAAUUACCGGUCUGCAUAGUCUAUGCUGGAACUGGAGUUUGUCAAAGGCAAUCAGCCUUGUAAUAAAGUUGCUUCAAAUGUGACAA